GAUGUGUUUCCAAACAGAGCCAAACCACAUGUGAAAAACAAGGCCAACUUGCCAGACCGUCUUAUGAUCAAGUAUUUAUAGUGACGCUAUUUAUAACAGUCCCUGCAGGGGAGUGGAGUCCAAAUGUCAGUGAAAACCCCGAGGCUGCGUGUGCUAAUCCUUGACAGUGGAAACUGCAGUGCUGUCCUGCGGGAGACACCAGAAGUGAAUCUGUGCACACUUACAUGGAUAACUAUGCCAGCGAUGAUAGCACAGAUGAUGACUCUGACACCCAGCUCAUCAUUGAACAGAGCUUACAGGAUAUCUACAAGCUGAGAACACACAUCCCUGAGGAGAGCAGCUUCCAUUCCUCUUUGAGUGACGAAUAUAAGAAGAUAGUUGAAACAAUAGAGACAGGCGAGGAAGAGGUACUGCCACACUUAACCAAGUACCACACUGCUUUUGAUGAAGCGGAUGAGGCAGGCUGGAUUCCUCUGCACAAGGCCGCAGUGCAAUUAAACAAGAACAUUUUAGAAAUAACCAUGAAAGCGUCAAGACCCAGUGUGUGGGACCAGGCCACCCACAAUGGUGAAACACCACUUUUUUUGGCUGUCAGCAAUUGUCUCUUAGAAAAUGUCAGUUUUCUUCUUCUCAAUGGCUGCAAUCCGAAUACUAAGAAUUACGAAGGUAGUUCUCCUCUUCUUACAGCUGUUGUGCGUGACUCCUAUGACAUGGCCGCCUUGCUGAUCAGUCACGGAGCCAGUGUCAAUCUGCGAUGUGCCAACGAUAGGACAGCCCUCCACGAGGCGGCCAGACUGGGCAGACAGGACCUGGUGAAGCUUAUGCUGGGCUCUGGGGCGCAGCCUGACCCUCGGAGCGCCUACGGAUUCACUCCUCUUGCUCUUGCUGCCCAAAAUGGACACACCAAAAUCAUGGAAAUGUUACUACAGAAAGGUGCUAGUGCUCACAGUCAGGCCUCUGACUCUUCUUCCAUCUUACUUGAAGCUGCUAGAGGGGGAAACCCAGACUGUGUGACUCUCCUGCUGCAGUACGGAGCUGAUGCAAACAUCCCUAAGAUUUCAGGCCACCUGCCCAUUCAUGUGGCAGCUGACAGAGGUCAUUUACUAGCUCUCAAGAUGCUGGUUCCAGUGACAGACCGUGCAGCCAUUAAGCAGAGUGGAAUCAGCCCAGUCCACUGUGCGGCAGCAAGCGCACACCCCCAGUGCCUGGAACUCCUCAUCCAGGCUGGAUUCGAUGUGAACUUCAUGCUAGACCAGCGAGUUCGUAAACAUUAUGAUGACCACAGGAAGUCAGCCUUGUACUUCGCUGUUUCAAACGGAGACCUCUCUUCAGUUAGACUGCUCCUGCAGGCUGGCGCGCUACCCAAUCAAGACCCAGUUAACUGUCUGCAGAUAGCGCUGAGGAUGGGCAGCUAUGAGCUGAUAAGCCUUCUGCUGAGGCAUGGGGCCAACGUCAAUUACUUCUGCAGAGUGAACCCUAUGCAUUUCCCAUCAGCGCUGCAGUACACACUGAAAGAUGAGGUCAUGCUCAGGAUGCUGUUGAAUUACGGGUACGACACAGAGCGGUGCUUUGACUGUCCGCAUGGGGACAAAGGUCAGCACUGCUGUGCUUCUGAAGGCUGGACAUCCACGGUGAUUAAAGAUACUAUGUUCUGUGAAGUAAUAACUCUGUCGUGGCUACAACACCUCUCUGGAAAGGUUGUUCGAGUGAUGCUUGAUUACGUCGAUCGAGUUCGGAUCUGUUCAAAGCUGAAAGCUGUGCUCCAAAAGCAGGGGCUCUGGUCAGAAAUACAGUUUAUCCUGACAAACCCUCGGUCCCUGAAACACCUGUGCCGCCUGAAGAUCCGCAGGUGCAUGGGACGCUUGCGUCUGCGCUGCCCUGUCUUCAUGUCAUUUCUCCCAUUACCCAACCGCCUAAAAGAAUACAUCCUUUACAAAGAGUAUGACCUGUACGGACAAGGGGUCUUUGCAGCAACCUGGUGAUCAAGUUAUUCGAGGGGGAAAGUCGCUCUCUUCUGACUGGUUACUGCUCAGGACAACAAACUGCCCUUCACUACUGGCUUGGUUUGGUCUACUGGAAGCAGCUAUCAAUCGACUUUGUUCUUCCAAGUCCUAGUGCAAAGAGAGAAAAAAACCAAAGUUGUUUUCUUGUGCAUGCGGCCAAAUGGCAAACAGGACAGUUAAAUUACACACCUGUCAGAAAUUUGGGCAAUUUGAUGAAGGAAAAGAAAGGCCCUGCCCAGCCAAGGCAGCUCCAAAGUGAACUCUGGGACCGUUUUGUCUGUUUUCCUCCUUCUGUUUCCCAGUCCACACUAACUUCAGGUUCAGGUCUUCGUCUCUCACUAUAUGCUACCCAAGUAAACUCUAUGUCAGCAAAGCUCAGCAUGGGUCCCCCUCACCCCUCAGCUCCGCCUCCUGGACCCUUCUCCCUCACUGUCCAGCUCAGCUUGCUAAGCACAUGCCACCUUCUCAAGACUACUGUUGAGUCUGAAGUCAUUUUUGCCCUUUUCUUCUCUGUCCACACAUCCAAACCACCCCCAAAAGGGAUUAGUCAGUUCUUAUCAGGUACACAUCUCUUUUGUUCUCUUCCCAUCUUCAAUCUAUAACAGGCCUUUACAGUCUCAUAGAGCACUUAAGAUUUGCUCUGAAAACUGUGUAAAGUUAUCCUCUUGUGGGUUUGUUCCCAAGCCUUUAAAAAAUUAUUUCUUUUGGAAAAGACAAUGAAUAGACAUUCCUGGCAACAUUAUAAAUAUAGUAUUCCCCUUAGAGAACAACCUGGCUUUCAGGAUUAGCAAUUGGAUUUAUAAGGCCUCUCAAAAGAACUACUUUGACAGACAAUGCUCACUGGGAUAUGACAGUUCUGGUGUGUCAGCUUAGUAGCAAGUCCCACGGUACACUACAGAUCAGUCCGGCUGCUGGGCAAGUCCAGGGGAAUUCAGAGGUCAGCCUUUGCUACUCGUGCCUGCUAAGCUAUGAGUCUUCUAAAGUUAUGAAGUAGCUAAGCAAGGAGACACAGACCUUCAUUUGAAAACUCAAAUGUGAAACCCACAGGACUAAAUUUAAUUCUUCACAAACACCGCACAGAGACGAUCGAGACAUCAGGGCUGCGUACCUUUUCAAUCUGUCUUUGUUUAGUGAGUUCUUUCUGUUGCUUCUCUUUUGCUCUCUCUAUUUCUUUUUGUUUUUCAGAUGCCCGACGAUCCUAAAGAUGAAUAAAACUAAUGAAUUAAAUAUGAAAUAA